AAAAAUAAACCUAUGCUAUUUGUAAACACCCCCCAAAACCGGCGUCUGGAAAUCGAGGCCAAGCGAAGCGUCCUGAGUGACACCGCGCGUAGUCCUCUCUGCCCGUCAGUUGGGGUUCAGACCUCCGUCAGGAACCGUGGCGAGGAGGGCGUGGCUAAACAUCAUAAUAGCCUAAGAAUAAGGAGGAAGGGAAAGGAAUUAAAGAAGAAGGAAAAACGAGGAGCCCGCAGGAGGAGAGAGACAGAAGAUGGAGUCAAGAGGAGAGUUAAGUCGCCUCCAAGUGCUUGUGGUGGUGCUGGCUAUAGUCUGCAUGGCUUCGGCGAAAAUCUCCAAGAGACAGACAGUUUCGUUCGGGCUGCCCAACUUCAACUUCGGCGGCGGCAACGGCAGGCAGGACGGCAACAACCUCGGCUCGCUCAUCGGCGGAGCGAUCACCGGCUUCAUCAACGCCCAGACCAACAGACCCAACAACGGCAAUAGCAACGGCGGCGGAGGCGGAGUCACGGUCAUCAACCCGUUUGAUUUAUUCCGGCCGGGCCAGGGGAAUAAUCAACCAACGACCAGUAGGCCUGUGAAUAGUAAUAUUAAUCAAGGAAGCAAUCAAGGGAAUACUCAAAACAACGGAAAUAACCAAGGAAACAGGCCGAAUGUCCUUGGGAAUUUCAACAUUGCCGGACUGCCCAUCCAGGUGACUGGGCAGAACGGAGGCAUUGGCAUCUCCUUCGGACAAAACAGUUGCGGCCCGGACAAAGGCGGCUGCGAGCAGGACUGCCGCAUCGUCCGCCGAAGACCCAGGUGUUCUUGCCGCGAGGGCUACCUGCGCAACCCCGACCGCCGCACCUGCUCCGACCUGGACGAGUGUCGCCAGAACAACGGCGGCUGCAGCGACAUCUGUAACAACACCCCCGGCUCCUUCACGUGCUCCUGUCGCCAGGGUGUUCUGCAGGACGACCAGAAGACUUGCUCGAGAGCGGUGGAGCAUUGCGCGCUUAAUAACGGAGGGUGUUCUCAGAUCUGCUCCAUGAACGGAGGGCAGUUCGUGUCGUGCUUCUGUCAGCCUGGCUUCACGCUGGGGCCCGACAGGAAGACGUGCCUGCAGCUGGACCAGUGUGUGAGUAACAACGGAGGGUGUCAGGAGAUCUGUAGCAACACACAGAACGGUCCUGCGUGCAGCUGUGGGCCGGGCAAGGUCCUAAACAACGACAGGAGGAGCUGCAGAGACCUGGACGAGUGCCAGUUCAACAACGGAGGAUGCCAGCAAAUCUGCACCAACACCGUCGGCUCCUUCACGUGUUCCUGCCGUAAUGGGUUCCAGCUCGUCGGGAACCAGUGCCAGUUCGUCAUUCGCCCACCAGUCACCACCAUUGCAACGACCACCACCACAACGACCACUCCUCGCCCAGUUGCCACGCCACCUCCAACAGUCAAUGGCUGCGGAGAUAAUCCCAAGAAGUCCCUGUUCCGGCGCAUCGUGGGGGGCAAGCCGGCCGACCCGAAGGACUGGCCGUGGAUGGUCGCCCUGCUGCAGAGGGCCGGCAACACGCAGUACUGUGGUGGGACUCUGAUCACAGACCGCCACGUCCUCACUGCGGCUCACUGUCUCAGACCCUUCACCGCCAACGAGAUCAUAGUGCGUCUUGGUGAGUACGACUUCGCAAGCACGGCUGACAACUCGCCCACUGACUUCGAUGUAGCUGACAUCCGAAUGCACGAGAGGUACAACAAGGACACUCAGGAGAACGACAUCGCCCUCGUGAAGAUGAGUCGGCCGACCGCCUUCACCGAAUUCAUCUCGCCGGUGUGCCUGCCGCCGGUCGGGAGGUCUUUCGAGGGCAACCUGGGCUACGUCACAGGUUGGGGCACCAUCUACUUCGGCGGCCCCGUCAGCCAGACGCUGCAGGAGGUGAUCGUGCCCGUGUGGCAGCAGAGCGAGUGCACGGCCGCGUACCCCGGGAGGAUCCACGACGGCAUGAUGUGCGCCGGCAACAGGCAGGGCGGCCAGGACUCGUGCCAGGGAGACUCCGGAGGCCCAUUCCUCGUCCAGAUCCUGCCCUCGCGACGCUGGUAUAUCGCCGGCGUGGUAUCCUGGGGCAUCGAGUGUGCACGCGCUGACAAGCCCGGCGUCUACACGGAAGUCAGCAAGUACAUUGACUGGAUAAAGAACAACGCCGUUUUCUAAAACGACGGGUGUUCGCCGUUGCUUCUGCGUCCUCCGAAGUAAUACACACUGCCCGAUACUUCGCGUGAUCAAAUGUGCAUUUUUUUUAUAGAUCAGGAAGAGUAAAUAAAAUAAAAUAAGAGUGCACGAUAAUGGUGCUUGCAAUACGUAAAAUAAUUGUAUGUUAUAACGUUUGUGAGUAUAUUUGUUUUUCUUCUCACAAAUGAAAGUGUAUUAGUGCUGCUCAAAUGAUAACGAAACAAGUAUUCUGGGCAGAUAAAAAGGUCUGUACAAGUAAACCUCAGUAAUAGUCGACAAGGAAGUGAUUUCUUGCAUACUGCAUAGAUCACCACUGGAGUUGGUUAAGGGUUUCUUGUUGCAAUAUGUAAUGCAUGAAAUGAAACGAAGUGGUGAAUUCCAAUAGAUUUAAUUGGUGGUUUUGCUAUUACGGUUAGUGGUUAAAUGUGUUCAGGAGUAACACUUGAGUUUCUAUUACGCAUAUGGCCAGUGCACCAGCUUAUUAAUGACCACUAUAUUAGAGGGUAAAGGCAUUUUUAUCAUUAUACCUGAUACUUAAUUAUUUAAUAUAUUAAUUGUAUGUUAGUACUGAUAAUUUUGUGAGGAUUUUUGUUAUGAAACAGACCAUUUUCGGCUCCGUCCAUCAAAGUGCAAUCAGUAAGAUAAACCAGUGGCAAGUAUUUAUUUCAUAAAAGGUUGUUUCUCAUGAGUUCAUAUCCUGCGUGAUGGCCUCUUGAUAAUGUUUUCGUCUUUUUGUUUUAGUUAAUUCUGAGUCUCUCUCAUUCCAUGACAUCAUCUUAUUUCUGACAUCACCAGAUACACUGUACCUAAUUACCUUUCGCCAUACUGUCACCCCAUUCCUGAAGACUCUUGUCCAAUACUUUGUACACUUCUGAUAAAUAAAAUUAAUAUAUGAA